UACCGGAAUAUGCGUCGCGAAUGGAUGGAUUUUACACACACAAGACUACAUCAAAUACUAAUCUCGAUUUUAAGAUCGCUUGUGUCGGAAUCGAUGAUCGAUCACAACGUGGACGAAGAGGAAGAAGGAAUGUGAGAAACAAAUAUUUUUUGAAAAUAUAUAAAAAUAAAAAUUAAAAAUUGUGUGUGCGUGUCUCUCGUAACGCGAUUAUAAAUUUUAACGUAAUUCGACUUCAAAUGCAUAAUAAUGAAUAUUGGAGUAUCUUUCGGCGAGUGAAUGAAAAUCUUAAACAUAUAUGGACUCAUUGAAUAAAAAUUCAAAAAUAUCUUAAUGUAUCUCUAAAAGUAAAAGUUUAACGUUAAAUAAAAAUAAAUAUUAAAUUAAAUUUGAAAGAAUAUAAUUAAUAUGCACAAUUUUACAAUCGCUCUAAUUAAACAAGAUCAAAUUUGAUCUGUUGAAAGAAGAGAUUCCAAAAAUGGAGUAUAUUAAUUAUCUUAUAACAUUACUUCGUGGAUCAUUAUCCAAUACGUCAAACGUAUUAGAUAAUUUUGAGCAUAAAAAGUGCGGAAAAUUACUGCAAACUGAAUUUCAUAAAAAUGGGAAUCUGGAUAAUGUCGCAACAGAUGAUCACAACAUAUGUUAUUAUGCUAAUUGCGAUUCUUCGGUAUGGAUGAGGAGUUGCGAGAAGGAAGUGAUCGAGCCUCUUCGAUCGAGCGAAAUCACUGGCAGCAUCCCCGAAUGGUUGACGGGCACUCUGUUACGGAAUGGUCCGGGUAAUUUGAAAGUGGGCAAAUACCGUUAUCAGCAUCUGUUUGACAGUUCUGCCCUGUUGCAUAAAUUUCGUAUCGCGAAUGGAAACGUCACCUAUCAGCGACGAUUCGUCCAAACCGAAGUAUAUAAGAGAAACAUGAUCGCUCAGAGGAUAGUUUUUACCGAAUUCGGUACUUGCGCGACCCCGGAUCCUUGUCACAGUAUUUUUCACAGGGUAGCUGCCGUGUUUAAACCAGAUGAAAUAUCUGACAAUUCCAUGAUCACAGUAUAUCCCUUCGGUGAUGAAUAUUAUACGUUCGCGGAAGCACCAGUGAUGCACAGAAUUGAUGUAAAAACUUUAGAAACAACGGGCAGGGUAAAUAUGUCGAAAUAUGUUAAUAUCGUCAAUCAUACCUCACAUCCUCAUAUUAUGGCCGAUGGUACAAUUUAUAAUGUAGGAUUGAGUGUAACACCAUUUGGACCUCAAUACAAUAUCGUAUGCUUCUAUCCUAAUCGGACGAUUAUUGACGAUUCCGGGGAGAAAAAAGAGUUAUCCAUGUUCGAUCAAGCAACGAUUGUGGCCAGUGUGCCGAGUAGAUGGCUACUGAAUCCAUCUUAUAUGCAUACUUUUGGUAUCACCGACAAUUAUUUCAUUAUCGUGGAACAACCAUUAGCGAUCUCCUUUAUCGGAAUGACAAUCACUCAUAUUAAAAAAGACCCGAUGAUAAAUUGUUUCAAGUGGCAUGAAAAUGAAAACACACUCAUUCAUGUUAUCUCGAGAAAAACGGGUCAACUGAUGAAAACUUUCGUCGCGGAGACAUUUUUUUACCUUCACAUUAUCAAUCAGUUCGAGACCCGCGACAGAGAAUACGUCGUACUCGACAUAUGCUGUUAUCGGGAUCCGAAGAUGUUGGAGUACAUGUAUAUUGAUGCCAUGAAGAACAUGCACAAAGAUGCCGAUUUCGCCAGACUGUUUCGCGCUAGGCCGUUGCGUUUCGUACUUCCGAUGAGGGAAUUGCAUCCUGACACAACGUUCGAAUACAAUCUCAUUACGAUCGAAACGGUGCAUCAGAACUUACAGCUGUUCCAAGAUAUAAUUAAUAUCAAUUAUGAAACGGACCUGGAAAUUGUCGACGAUACAGACAACAUUGAGUACAGUGACAAAUCCAGAUACUGGCAAGAUGAGCACAAAAGCGCUUUGCAGAAGAAACCGACCGCUCAUCUGCUUCUCGAUGGCAAGAUCUUCGUAAGACCGGAGCUUCUCUGCGACGUCGGUUGCGAGACUCCGCGGAUAAACGCAGAUUCUCACCUCGGUAAGGAGUACCGGUACUUUUACGCAAUCUCCUGCGACAUGGACCUGGAUAAUCCCGGAACACUAAUCAAGGUCGAUACAUUCCAAAAGACCAAGAAAAUAUGGCAGGAAAAGGGUGUUUAUCCUAGCGAACCAAUUUUCGUGCCAAAUCCGAAAGGAAAAAAUGAGGAUGAUGGCGUGGUUGUAAGUUCUAUUGUGUGGGCGGAAAAAGAGACUCAGGUUGGACUGUUAAUCUUGGACGCUGUGACAUUUACGGAAAUCGCAAGAGCUACUUUUGAAACGCCUGGACCAGUGCCUAAAUGUUUACACGGUUGGUUUAGUCUGGAUAAGUAAUCGAGUAUUAAACAUCGACUAUCAAUUAAACACACAAUGCUGUUUAAUUAAAUCUGUUUUAGUAUGGUAUGGAAUUUUUUUGGUAUGGUAUGGGACU